AUGGACAGUCUUUACUUUGAUUCAGAUAAGACAAGCAACAAGAAGAAAGCAGUCUUCGCAGCCCUUGCAGUCAUAGGCGUUGUCUGUGUUGUUGGUGUUAUUGCCUUUUCUUCAGACAAUCGUCACGAUCUUGCCCUUAAGCAAUUCCAACUUGAAGAAGCUGAGUUCCAAGGCUUUAUGACCCUCUAUGGAAAGAAAUACUCUUCUGAAGAGGAAUACGCAAGGAGAUUCCAAAUCUAUCGUGAAAACUCAGCAUAUAUCAGAAUUCAUAACGCAGACGAAGAAGACUGGUCUUUGGCUGUCAACCAAUUUGCAGACCUCACCUCUUGGGAAUUCGAAAGCAAAUACCUCACUCACAGAGUUGAUGUCCACAGACGUCUCAAUACUCAAAUCCUCCCAGAACAACUUACUUAUCAACCUACUUGGGAUUGGAGAAAGCAUGGAGCUGUUACACCAGUUAAAGAUCAAGGACAAUGUGGAAGCUGCUGGGCUUUCUCUGCUACUGGCGCCGUAGAAGGGGCCUGGUUCUUGGCUAACCACACUUUGGUGUCUUUAACUCUCCCUUUUAAGUUAAGCAGGCUUUUUUCGCUUUAAAGAGUUUUUUUUCUUUAAAACAAAGAUAUGAAUGGUAUUAAGUUAUUAUUAAUAUUUUUAUUGCAACAAAAUAUUUAUAUAAAAAAGAGAUUAUCUCAUCUGUAAAUGUUAUUUAAUAAAAAAAUUAAUAUUUUUUACUCCUAAAGCAGAAGUAAGUGAACAAGAACUUGUUGACUGCUCAAGAGCUUAUGGAAAUGCAGGAUGCGAUGGAGGAGAUAUGGACCAAGCUUUCCAAUUUAUUGCUCAACAUGGUCUAACCACUGAAGAUAACUACCCUUACGUUUCUGGAAAUUCAACUAACGGUACUAACACCACAAAUUCAACCUGCAACUACUGGAGAGAGUCAGAGGCAGUUGCCUGGAUUUCUAACUACACUGAUGUCUACCCUAACAACGCAACUGUAUUAUUGGCAUCUGUCUUUUGGACUCCUGUUUCAGUAGCUGUUGAUGCUACUUCAUGGCAAUUCUACAAGAGCGGAGUCGUCACCAAGAAAUGUGGAACUAAAUUAAACCACGGAGUCCUCGCUGUUGGCUACAACACCGUUGCUAAUUUCCCCUCCCCAAUGGAAAAGCUACUAGAUGAUCGGCUGUUUUGAAAAUGACCCUGAGGGAGAAAAUAUAUUUUUUAAUAUUAAUUUUUUAUAUAAUUUAUUCUUAUAUAGAAUAAAUAAUAAUUUUUUUAACGAAACCUCGAUCAAUUCUAUGAAAUUUAUGGGAUUCCAUCUUAAAUAUUAAUAAAUAUUAAAUACUGCAAAUUUUAAUUUUAGAAACAAAAAUUUAUCUUUUAAGCAAAAAAAUUUUGUUCACUCAUAAAGAGGAGUAAGAAGCCUUUCUAUAUUGUUAAGAAUUCCUGGGGCGCACUUUGGGGAGAAGAAGGAUACAUUAGAGUUGGUAUUCAGCAAGGAAAAGGAGUUUGCGGUAUCCAAAUGGCACCAUCAUACCCUGUGGUUACUUUUAACUAUACUCAGGCUUAA